AUGAUAAACAAUGAGGAGUUUUGUUUUCCUAAAAGGAUUUUAUCUAUAUCUGUAACAGGACUUACUAUAUUACUUUUAAUAUUUACUAUUGUCAAUGAAUACAAAUACGUUACUUAUUCUAAAGAACUAAGACCCAUAAUAAAAAAUGCUACACCAGUUUCAUGCAUUCCUCUAGAGGAAAAUAACGGAAAAAUCAUACAUAUAAAUUGUCCAUUACAAGAUCAGGAAAUAUUUUAUGCACCACCAGAAUUCAGUAGUAAUAUAUAUUCCUUCAGAGGUGUGUUUUUUGAAAUAAAAGUUGAAAUGUACCAGUGGGUAAGAGAUAGAGGAUACUUAGGUUUAUUUGCAAGAGGAAAAUUUGAGGAUCAUAUAGUAAAAACACCAUACAAUUUUCUCUUUUUCUUUAGAAGUAAAAAAAAUCCUACGUACAUGCCAUCUAUUGGAAAUGUAGGGAGAAAGUAUGCUAAUUACGCAAAAGCUGGAAAUUAUAGACUACCACGAAAUGCCCUCAUAAAUUUCCAAAAAAAAAAAAAAUUAGACUUAGUAGAUGAUGGCUGGUUUAAUGAAUCCGAAAUAAAACCUCCUUUUACUGUUGACCAUUUAAAUACUAAUGUUUACGACAAUUAUUUAUAUACUGGAGAUCCACUAAACCCUGAAGUCGGUGACAUGAGAAUAUCUUUUUAUGGUAGUUCGUCUACCCAUGCAACAGUUAUAGGUGUUCAAAGAUCAAGGUUAUUAAAUACUUUGUUCGAAAUAGACGGAGUUAACAUAAUGCAGCAACAUGUGAUAUUACUAUCUGAAGACAACAAAAUAAUGAUAAAUCAGACUAAAGAUUUCAUUCAUAUAAAUUAUGGGAAUAUAAAAUCAUUGUGGCUGUUUAGAUUAAUUGCCUAUUGCCUACUAUCCGUGCAAAUAUUUUCUUUAAUCGAAAAUAGCUCAAGGAAUUUCACAUGGAAUCUUAGCAUAAGCUUCGUUAUAUCAGCAAUCAUAUUAUGCUUAUUCCCAUGCAUUUUCUGGCUCUUUUGUGAUACUGCUGUUUUUUUAUUUUUAUUGGUCCUAAUUUUUUUCUUGUCAAUAUCCUUAUUAUUUUUAUAUAAUAAUGAAAUAGAUAAUCGAUAUUAUGAAAUGAAAAAUUAUAUGAAGAGAGCAAAAACAGAACCAACAAAUUAUACAUUUUUAAAUGUUCCAGACGGCUGUACAGAUAUAUACGAAGAAUAUAAUAAUAAAAAAAAUAAGGCUAAUUCAAUAUUCGAUUCAAAUAGUGAUGCUUCCUUUUAUAAUUCUAUAAAUAAAAAUAACGAGCCAAAAUUUGAAUCUUCGCCUGCUGGAAUGUAUCACAACAUGUGA